UGAGGUAGUUCACACGAGUCUCCUGCCUCAUGAAGAUCACAACGUCAUGUGGAUGCUUCAGAUUCAAAGGCGAGUCAACCUGAAACCAAGAAAAAAAUAAAACACAAAUUCAGUUAGGCACCGACAUCCUGGCGAUGACCCGAGUCCGAAACAGAUCCCAGGCCAGUGGAGGAGCCGAACGACGUGACUGUUUAUCCAAGUGCUGCUGCUGCUGCUGAACACAGAUGGCUUGCUAUGAUGUCAACAAGGGGAGUCUGGAGGAGGAUAGCUUCGAUGGAGCUGUUGGUGGAGAGCUGUCUAGUUGUGCCUUGGCGAUGCUGGAAAGAGAGCGAGAAUCCCUUCUCAGCCCAUCAGAGACGUCUGGCACCCUCAUCCUCAGCAACUCCGCCAGUCUUCAGGCUGAUGUGCCCCUCCAGGGCUACGACGUGGAGUUUGACCCGCCCCUGGAGAGUAAAUAUGAGUGUCCCAUCUGCCUCAUGGCUCUUAGGAAUGCUGUUCAAACACCCUGCGGUCACCGUUUCUGCAAGAACUGCAUUGAGAAAUCCAUUCGUGACACAGGACAGAGAUGCCCCGUGGACAACGAAAUGCUGACAGAAGAUCAGCUGUUUCCUGAUAACUUUGCCAAACGAGAGAUUCUAUCACUAACGGUUCGCUGUCCAAACUCCGGUUGUGAUGAUGAAAUGGAGCUUCGACAUUUGGAGAAUCAUUUGGCGCAGUGUCAGUUUGCGACUGCGACUUGUCCACAGUGCCAGCAGUUUGUGAGAAAGAGCCACUUAGAGGAGCACACAACCGUUGAGUGCCAAAGGAGACCUGUGUCGUGCCCGGAUUGUGUGGCAUGCUUCGUCUAUGAGGAGAGCGAGCUUCACGAGCAGCAGUGUCCCUUUGCUAACGUGAACUGUCAGUACUGUGAGAUGGAUCUCAUCAGAGACCAGAUUGAAUCUCAUUGUGACACAGAUUGCCCAAAGGCACCCAUCACCUGUAACUUUAGCACCUUUGGAUGUAAGGAAAGGAUGCAGCGCCAUGACCUGGCUCAGCACAUGCAGGAGUUCACGCAGAUGCACAUGUGGUACAUGGCUGAGUUCCUGCGUGGCCUGAGCCUCAAUGGCAGCACGCCCAAAUCCCUGUGGGCAAAUGGACCUUCUGUUUCUUCUGAGGAUCAAGGAGCUGCAGCAUCGCUAUCUUCCUCUGGUGGGCUCAGAGGAGCUGCAGCAUCGCUAUCUUCCUCUGGUGGGCUCAGAGGAGCUGCAGGCGGCGGCGGCGGCGGCGGUGGUGGCGGUGGUGGUGGCGCCACCAGCUGUGCUUCGGCUCAGCCUAAUGAAGAGACGCAGCGGCUCAGAGAGAUGGACGGACGAUUGGUGAAGCAGGAUCAUCGGCUACGUGAGCUCUCCAUCUUAAAGGAAACACAGGCAGGUCAGCUUGCAGAGCUCCGGAGUAGGGUGUCAAUGCUGGAGGACACGGUGAAGGAGCUGGAGGCCCAGCAGUGCCGCGGUAUCUUCAUCUGGCGCCUCAAAGGUUUCUCUGCCCACAUGCGGAACCAAGAAGCUGGUCUCGCGGUGGUCGAGCACAGCCCUGGCUUCUACACGGGCUACCCAGGCUACAAGCUGUGCCUGCGUUUACACCUGCAGACGCCCAACGCCCUGCGCUGCUCCAACUACAUCUCCCUCUUUGUCCACACCAUGCAGGGAGCUUUUGACGGGGAGCUGACCUGGCCGUUCCAAGGCACCAUCCGGCUCGCCAUCCUCGACCAGGGCCCUGAGGGUCAGCACCACGUGGAGGUGAUGGAAACCAAACCAGACCUGCAGGCCUUUCAGAAGCCCACCAUCCAGCGCAAUCCCAAAGGAUUUGGCUACGUUACCUUCAUGCACCUGCAUCAGCUGAAACAGAGAGCCUAUGUCAAAGAUGACACCUUACUUAUCCGCUGCGAUGUGACGUCGCGUUUUGACAAUAUGCCUAAUCGUGAGGGACCAGCGGUGCAGCCUCGAGGGCCCGAGGCAUCGGUUUCAAGGGACUAAAGUCAAACCCACAUCUAUGGGAUUGUCAUUAUGCUGACAGAUAUAUAUAGAUAUAUAUAGAUAUAUAUGUUAUAUUAAUAGAUGAAUACGAUACAUUCAUUUAUAGUUCACUUUUCAAUAUGUGUUCUCACCCACACAUGGUACCAAUUGUUUAAAUAGUUCAUGUUUAAUCAGCUCCAGAUCUCCAGUUAAAGAUGUGUUCGUGCUGCCUGCAGAAUGAGCGUUACUACAGACAUGGCUCUCUGCUUGUGGUUGUUGGAGGUGGUACAAAAUGUUUUCAAGAUAAAGAGUUGAAGACCUCUGGUGUCUCUGUGGAGCAGUGUUUGGUCAAAUAGAUCACAUUCUUUUUAACCUUAUCCUCUUCUAGCCUCAUCCACAUGUAUGUACAGAGAGUGCUGGUGAAAACGUGCUCACAAUCUGAAAGCAAAAGCAAGUCUGGUCAUGUCCUCUAAACAAAAGAAAGGCUAUGUAUGUCAGCUGCAUGGUUUCAUUUUCAUUUUUAUGUUGGAUAUGUGGUUGCGGUAACAUUGUAAGUAUCUUAGAAAUAUUCCGAGAGAGACUGAAGAGAAAGUGUAAAAGUUGGCGUAUUUAUGGAUGUUUAAAGACAAUGCAAGUUUCAGAAUAUUCACAACUCUGCUUUGUGAGGAAGGAAAUUCAUUUGUUGGACCUUAAAGACACACCAGUGUAUUUUGAUGUAAACAUCUUGUCUUUAAGCUCCACAGGGUUCUUUAAAAGAAGGUCAUUGUAAGGAUUGGGAAUGAUCCGUUUUCAAAUUCAUGUGCUCUCCAAAAGCAAACUUUCAUUCAUAGAUUUUCUUUUUUCACUCUUCUGACCUUAUUGUGUCUCUUUGACGCACAAGUUUUGUCAACACGGAGCAUUUUUCUGUUUCGUCAACACUGUAUAUUUUUGCUGAAAGCAUGACAGCCGAGCAGAAGCUGCUCAUUGUACUUUUUAUUUGUGCCUUUCACUCGUAGCUCCUGCCAAAUGUGACUUAGAAGAAUAUUUCGAGAGGAGAUGUACAUCACAUACUCUGAUAUAUUAUGCUGCCUGUUAAGCUUUUACAGAUGUAGAUAAAACAUGUUAGGCUUGCUUUAUCAUUGGUUUGACUGUGUAAACAAUGGUUUUACUUAAUAUCUAUAAUUGAAUGUUUGGGAUCAAAUGCUGCCUUAAAUUAAAGCUAAGCUAACCUCAGUAGACCAUACGACAAUGACUUGUGUUACAUUCUAACUACUAUAUAGAUUUAUUAUAUAUAGAUUACAACGUUUACAUGAGUUGCUAAUAGAAUAUUCCUUUCAUAUUCAUAUUUACAUUACAGAGCAUAGUCUGAUGUACUUGUCAGUGUUGUAAAAUACUGUAAAAACGCCCCUAGGAUGUUAUAAUGUUAUUAAGACAUAAACAUAGUGAGACUAAGGUCAGAAGACUUUACAAUGCCUUAAUUUGAUUAUCCCUUAUUCAGAGUAUGACCUUAAUUCAGGUUAAGGUCAUCAGAAAAUGCUGUUUACAUGCCAGUGUCUUAUUCAGAGUAUGUCUUAAUCAUUUGGGUUAAUAUUGGAUUAUUGGUGUCCAUGUAAACAUUGUCAUUGUUACAUUAUAAUAGGAAAAACAUCUUUUUAACUGAGUUUUAUUCCUGUAUGUGUUUGUCAUGUUCCUAAGGAACCAAAGUGACUCAUUUGAUGACUUGCUCCACCUUGUGUUUCACAGUUUGAACAGUCAGAGCCGUGUUGUUAGGGUGUGUGUCAACAACAGGAAGCUGCAGAAGCAUCAAUGUGUCCUGACAUGAAACAACAGCCAAACACCAGGCAGGCAUCUUCAUUUUAUACAUUUAAAUUAAAGUCCAAACAAUACCCCCAUCAUCUUACAGAACGAUGUACGAUAAUAUUAAUAUUAAAUAAAGUGAUUGACUGUUAUAUUA